AUGUGUCGCAGUGCUGAGUGCACAACAAUCCGAAAUGCAAAAAGAAAUAAUCACACUCCAAAAUCAGUGCAGUUUAACUCUGACUGGCAUGAUGAAACCACUAAAAAGUUUGAAGUACUAUUUGAGCUCACAAAGAAAAUCGACAACCUCAAUUCGGAAAUUAAUAAUCUUAAACUACAAAAUCAACAAUUAAAUCGACAAAUGAACAUUAACGAGCAACGUGACCGAACGCUAAAUAUUGAAAUUGUCGGUAUACCAGAAUCAAUCAACGAGGACUUGAAUGAUACCAUCUUGAGAAUAUGUAAACACGUCAGAGUUAAAAUCGAUACAAAUGACAUUCUGCAGGUUAACAGAGUAUCCCCAAAAGUAAAACUGCCAUGUCGAUCCAGGGUGAUUAUUGCCAAAAUGAAAUCAAGGCUCCUGAAAGAUAAUCUAAUAUCUCUAUCCCGUAAAAAUCGUCUAACCACUAAGGACAUUGGGCUAGCAGGUGAAAGCAGACCAAUUUUUAUCAAUGAGCACUUAACCUCUCACAAUAAUCAGCUCCUAAAAAAGUGCAAAGAUUUUGCUAAAUCGAGUCAGUGCCAGUUCGUCUGGACAAAAAAUGGAAGAAUUUUUGUGCGACGAAACAAUACAUCUCCUGGUCUGCAAAUAUUCGACGAGGAGGAUCUCAAGAAAAUUAUCACCAAACAACAGUUGAUGUCGUUUUUAUUAUUAUAUUCUUUACUAAUCUUUAUCACAAUCGUAAUAAUAUAA